AUGAAUCUCCUGUUAGACUUUCGCAAUUGGGCGGAUGCUUUUUCUGUUGAUCAACUUCUGGAGACUUAUUGUCUUGUGAAUGGUUCUUCACACGGUGGUUCCUCUAGCUCAGUAGGAGGUGUGCCGACAAAUAGUUUCUCUCCUCAUUGGAAGCGUUUUCAAAUUCUUAUGUCCGAUCAGUUUGAGCAAUUUUUACAUGAAGUCUCCCAGGAGAAUCUACGGGUCGUCGACGGUAUGAAGCUUGCAAGUGAAGAGAUGUUGGUGAACGUCGGGGAAAUGUACGCUGACCUAUUGACUCGUCAUCGGGACGCUAUGUCCAAGGUUGAUUUGCUGGAAAAUCAGAAGACUCUUGUCCAAGCUAAAUACGAAACUUGUCUUCAAGAGAACGACGUACUUCAUGCCCAAAUUGUCUCUAAAUCCUAA